CGUUGCCACCACUGGAUUUACUGACUGGGCCAACGAUACAGCAGCAUACACUGGUGUUGGUUUGACAGUCUGUGGCCAACUCUGUUUCGUCGUGAAUUGUAGCGUGUUUUUGCUACAAACAAGAUGUAUGUAUAAUUUUUUGAAUGGCAAAAAGAACGGGAGAUUAGGAUUGAAAACAUUUCGUCGCGGCGUUCUUCAAAGCAAAGGAUUCUUCUUUCGUGGUGGUGGAUUUUUUUGUUGUUGCUUGUAGCAAUUUCAUUGGCUGUUGUGGACAUUUUGGAUUCAUUUUAAUGUUCCUUUUUAUAUUUUUUAACCCAUAUAUCUUAUCAAAUCGAAUACUUGUGUGUCCCCCGUUUUAUUUUAGUCAUUACUUUUUGUUUAUUGUCUGACACACUGGACACUGUUUUUCAGCGAGACGCAAACUCGGAAUGCUAAACAACUUUCGAGGGGAUUGGUCUCUCGCGAAAGAAUGCGUUUGCUAACUGGAUAGCUAGCCAGUUAUCUAGCUAGCUAACGCUAAGUGUACUUUGAGUGGAUGCUUGAAGGAGAAAACGUAGUCGGCCAGCGAAUUUAUACAGUUUAAAAGUUUCGUGGUUUUUAAGCAAUUUCCGGACUAUAUAACUAAUUCGACAUCAUUUUACGAUAAGCACCUGUGCUGCUGUUGGGUCUCUCACCUGCCAUCAGCUGGGAUCCAGGGGCCUAGGUAAAUGACAAGUGCCUGAGGAUGUCGAGCAAGCGGAACCUGUUUGUGCGUCUAGUGCCGUGCCGCUGCCUGCGGGGGGAGGAGGAGGCGGUGACGUCUCUGGACUACUCCCACUGCAGCCUGGAGACAGUGCCUAAGGAGAUCUUCAGCUUGGAGAAGACCCUGGAGGAGCUCUAUCUGGACGCCAACCAGAUCGAGGAGCUGCCCAAACAACUGUUCAACUGCCAGUUGCUCCACCGGCUGAGCAUGCCAGACAAUGACCUCACAGUGCUGCCUGCGGCCAUCGCCAACCUCGUCAAUCUCAGGGAGCUGGACGUCAGCAAGAACAGUAUCCAGGAGUUUCCAGAAAAUAUCAAGAACUGCAAAGUCCUGGCUAUCGUUGAAGCGAGUGUGAAUCCCAUCUCCAAGCUCCCAGAGGGUUUCACCCAGCUCCUCAGCCUGUCACAGCUCUACCUGAAUGACGCCUUCCUCGAGUUCCUUCCAGCCAGCUUCGGCAGGUUGACUAAACUGCAGAUCCUGGAGCUGAGAGAGAACCAGUUAAAGAUGCUGCCAAAAAGCAUGCACAAGCUCACCCAGUUGGAGAGGCUGGACUUGGGGAGUAACGAGUUCACUGAAGUGCCUGAGGUAUUGGAGCAGCUCACUGGAAUCAAAGAGCUGUGGAUGGAUGGAAACAGACUGACGUUCCUACCAGGGAGGCUGGGCACUCUGAAGCAGCUGUCCUACCUGGAUGUGUCCAAGAACAACCUGGAGAUGGUGGACGAGCAGAUCUGUGGCUGUGAGAGCCUGCAGGACCUGCUGCUCUCUAACAACGCACUCACACAGCUGCCCGGAUCCAUAGGCUCCCUGAAGAAACUAACCGCCCUGAAAGUGGAUGAGAACCAGCUCAUGUAUCUGCCCGACUCUGUCGGAGGGCUGGCAGCCCUGGAUGAGCUGGACUGUAGUUUUAACGAGAUUGAGGCUCUGCCCUCCUCCAUCGGACAGUGUGUCAGCAUACGCACCUUCGCCGCUGACCACAACUUCCUCACACAGCUGCCCCCAGAGAUGGGCAGCUGGAAGAAUGCCACCGUGUUGUUCCUGCACUCCAACAAGCUGGAGUCUCUGCCCGAGGAGAUGGGAGACAUGACCAAGCUCAAGGUCAUCAACCUCAGUGACAACAAGUUGAGGAAUCUUCCCUACAGCUUCACCAAGCUCAACCAGAUGACUGCUAUGUGGCUGUCUGAGAACCAGUCGAAGCCCCUCAUCCCUCUGCAGAAGGAGGACGAUCCAGAGACCCACAAGACGGUACUCACCAACUACAUGUUCCCCCAGCAGACCAGGACAGAGGACUACAUCCCCAGCUCUGACAGUGAGAGCUUUAACCCCUCCCUGUGGGAGGAGCAGAGGAAGCAGCGGGCCCAGGUGGCCUUCGAGUGUGACGAGGACAAGGAUGAGAGGGAGACGCCUCCACGGGAGGGCAACCUGAAGCGCUACCCGACACCGUACCCAGACGAGCUGAAGAACAUGGUGAAGACGGCCCAGUCAGUCGCCCACAGGCUGAAGGAGGACGAGUCAGGCGACGAGUCAGGGAAGGAUGCCAGACCUAGCGAGCGUAACCAUGUGGGAGUACAGGACGUGGGAGUCAAGGUGAUUGAGGCUCCCUGUGCCAACGGCAAGCCAGUGGAGAUGGAGCCCAAAGCGCCUGUCUGUGUCCAGGACUCCACGGCACCCCUGGAGACCUCUGAAUCCUACAACUCCCAAAAGACCUCUCUCCGAACCUCCGACAACACCAGGACCAUGAACCAUGAGGACACCCUGGAGUCUUUUUCUCUGCAGGACUCCGAGGAGCUUUCGUCUGAGGAGGAGGAGAUGAAGAUAGCGGAGAUGAGGCCUCCUCUGAUCGAGAUCACCAUCAACCAGCCCAAGGUGGUGGCCCUAAGUAAGAACAGAAAAGAUGACGGUAAAGACGCUGACUCGUUGCUGGACGAGACGGUGGCCAACAGCAAUCAGAACAACAGCAACUGUUCGUCCCCGUCGCGCAUGUCGGACUCUGUGUCUCUGACCACGGACAGCAGCCAGGACAACUCCCUGUGCACCCCUGAGAGAGAGGCCAAGAUGCCCUUCCUACCCAAAAGCAGGCAAGAGGAUGUAAACAUGAACCAGCGGAAGGAGAGCACCCCUCUCCUCCAGAAUGGCAAUGGCUCGGUCACGUCCCUGCAGGCCCUCCUGAAGACCCAGCAGGGCUACGAGUCCAAGCCCGAGAAGAUGGUGGGUGACUACGACCUGUCCAUGGAGAGGCUGGCCUUCAUCGAGAAGGGCAACAACAAUGGCACGGGUGACGCCUACACCAAGUGGGACCAGAUCAACAUGAAUUUGGCCAAGCUGCCACCUCAGCCGGACAACAUGGUGGUCCAACCGGACGACCGCCCGAACGGCUCGAGCGCCAAGGAGGACUUUAACCACUUGCCUCCCCCGUAUAACAAUGACAAUUCUACGGCGCCCAUCACGGACCACUUGAAGAACGGCAACCAGCUGGGCGACCACUUCAAUAGCCACUCCAGCGAGGGACUGGCUGUGUCGCCUAUGAGGGUGGACUCUGCCACGUCGGUGGUGCGGACGGCUUCUGCGGGCGUGACGGCCAGCAGCAACAUGUCUCUGUCUCGCAGCACCGAGGAGCUGUCCCCGGAGAAACGAUGCUCCCCUCCUGUAGUGGCGAAGGCUCAGAGCAUCACCAACAUUGAGGCGGGGGGGAUGAAGCUGUACUCCUUGGACGCUGAGGGGGGCUCCUAUGAGGGUGGCGUAGUGGGCAGGAUGGCCGGAGCCGGCCCGGGGGCCCAGGGCCAGAGCAUCGUCCGCAGCAAGUCAGCCUCCCUGCUCAACGACCAGCCCUUCCAGGUCUACUCCGGUUCCUCAGCUUCCUCCUCCGACCUGCUCUCCAGCUCCUCCAAGCCCCCCGUCAGCACCGGCCGCUACCCCGUCCCCUCUGGCAUGGCCAUGGGCCCGCCGCCCCAGUACAACGUCCAGUACUCCAGCAGCACCAUGCCCAAAGACGGCCUGUGGACCCAGAGGACCCCCGUCCCCCCCAACCAGGGCUUCCUUCCUCCGCCCCAGCAUUCUCUGGCCAACACCAACUACUCCAACCGCAACCAGGCUCCUCCCUACCUCCUCCAGGCCCAACAGAGAGGCCCGCCCACGGGGCCCACGCCCGGUGACAUGUGGGCUAAGGAGAGACACCUGCCCCUCGGAAGUCAGCCACGGAGCGGCACCCUUCAGAGGCAGAGCAGCAGCAGUUCCUCCAUGGGGGACCCCCGGCGCAUGCAGGUGCCCGAGGGAGAGUACAUGACGUACAGGGACAUCCACACCCUGGGCCGGGGGCCGCUGGCCAUGGCUCAGGCCAUGCAGAGGCCUCUGUCGGCCCGUACCUACAGCAUUGACGGACCCAGCACCCCAAGGCCCCAGAGCUCCAGGCCACAGCCCCACGAGCUGCCCGAGAGGACCAUGUCAGUCAGCGAUUUCAACUACCAGCACGUCAGCCCCAGCAAGAGGCCCAACGCCAGGGUGAAGUCUGAGCACUCGUUGCUGGAUGGGCCGGGAGGACCGGGAGCAGGAGGAAGGGUACCGGUGGACUGGAGAGAUCAGGUGAUGCGCCACAUCGAGGCCAAGAAGAUAGAAAAGAACUCCUUGUCUCGGUCCUAUAAUUCCAAUUACGCCCCGCUGAGCUGCUCCCACUACGGCAGCUCUCGGGACGUGCACCACUCAGGCAGCCAUGGCUCUCUGGUCUUUAGUGCUGCCGCAGACGGACGGCCUUAUGGAGCCCAGGGCCACUGUGAUGACGUGUUUGGACCUCAAGGGCAGCAGGGCAACACCAUGGACACCCUCCGAAAAGUGCCUUCGAUGAACGGUCAGCUGGGCGGUCCGGUGCGUGGCCAGAUGACGUCGUGCCAGACGCCCAUGGCCCGCCACCCCUCCAGAGAGCAGCUCAUCGACUACCUGAUGCUCAAGGUCUCCCAUGGCCAGCAGCCCCAGGGGCCCCCUCCACCACGGGCCGACCACGACACACUGCAGCAGGAGUUCCGUGUGAAAGUGGAGAAGAACCCAGAGCUAGGGUUCAGUAUAUCAGGAGGAGUAGGAGGACGGGGAAACCCUUUUCGUCCGGACGAUAAUGGCAUCUUCGUGACAAGGGUCCAGCCUGAGGGACCUGCCUCUAAGAUACUCCAGCCUGGAGACAAGAUCCUCCAGGCAAACGGAUAUAGCUUUGUGAACGUUGACCAUGGGAAUGCCGUGGCCCUGCUGAAGACAUUUCCCACCACUGUGGAUAUGAUCAUCGUCCGAGAGUUGGCUGCGUAGAGAGAGACAGACGGGACUGUGGAGCGACGACCUCCAAUCCUUCUUGUUUUUAUAUACAGAGGAGCCUGGUCUAUAAAUAGAAGAACUGAACUGCUUUAUGGGGAAGAGAACCUUCUAGAGCUUUUGGGAUAACGGGGGCCGUACCACUGCAUCAAGUGGACUUAGUGAGGGAGGAGAGGGACCUGGGGAGGGGGAGCAAACAUCUGGAAGCAUGCGUAGUCGACUUGGUCGUCUUAAAGAAGUCACUGUGGGAUAGCCGGUUAUUUUUUACACAGAGGGUGCUGCAGAGACGGCGUGUGCUCCAACGACACAGAGAUCAACAACAAAAAAGUGCUUUCUGUAUCGUUACACUUUUGUUUUUUUGAAGAAAAUAAUAUUCCUACAUCAUUACGGAGUUGUAGUUGCUGUAGUUGAGCAUUAACUGUAGUUGACCACUAGAGGGCAGAGCUCCCUCUGUCUCUCUCUCUGCCCUCCUUUUUAAAUCAUGUAUUGUUAUUAUUUUUAAUAGAUGCUGAGACCACUUAUUUGACCUAGGUGACAUUUGAUCUGGGGGACAAUUAUGUGCUUUCUUGUGGAGAUGAAUGUAGUGCUGGGUUGCGCUUUCAGAACGAUGUUUAAGAAUUCUCCCCCCUGCCUAAUUGCAAUUGUGACAAUUUUUGACCAGGUCCUGUACAUGGUGGAUAGUUGAGAAGGACAAUUAAUUUGCCUCUGCCUCCAUAAAGCCUGUGAGGCACACACUGCAUACAUCCAUUAUAUACUGUCCGCAGUCUAAGAACAGUUAUAGUAGCCUCUGGAACCGCUGGCUUGGAAUAUCCCUCACCUGAAAAGACCUGCCUGUGCCGGCAUUGAACUCCUGACAGACGAGGACACUCACUCCGUCACUGAAUCAAUACUCCGGUUGCUGACUACUUGGAUGCUGUAAAACACUCUUUGUACGUGAAAUGGAAUUGGGACUGGGAUAUGGAACAGAUCAUGAUAUUUCUUUGUGUAGAAACUGACUGGGAGUAACAAUAGAGGAAUGUCUUUGCUUGGCCUUAAUUAGCCUAGCCAGGAUGUUAUGUGAGAUAGGGGUCAGGAGGCAGAGUGGUAAUGCCAGGUCACCAAAACAUGUGUUGAGACCAUGGUCAGGUGUUGGGGAGGUGCUGGUGGGAGUAGCGCCCUAUUCCCCAAAGUGCGCUACGUACUAGUGGUGCACUAUUUACAAAGGAUAUAGGGUGUGAUUUGAGAUGCAGCCUGUGUCAGACUCUGAGCAGGUUUAGGCCUGGUCUCUGGGCCCCUUCCACUCAUGUUGGUAAGAUUCUAAAGGGCUUCUCCCUCAACUCAGCCAUUGGUGACCUAGAAAACACUCACAAAACGGUUUGAGGUUAAAAAAGGGUUUGUCUGUGUAACAUAUUUUUGUUUAAGUGGGGGAAAACAACCAUAGUUUGCCUUUUGUGUAUAAAAAUCAUAUUUUUUAGACAUCAAUCUAGGCUUUUCACUCUCUUUUUGUGUUGGGAUAGUGUUUCAUGCAUGAACUCUUUGCUCUAUGCUGGGGGGGGACUGAGCUGUUAAGUGCCAUAGACCUUGAACUGUUUGAACAAGGGGGUGGAUGGAGUGACUACCCUGAGACCCAAGCAAUAUUCACAUAUUUCUCUUCACAACAAACUAAACGCUCUCUUCUUGAGUACACCCUGUGUGACUCGACACAAUGGUUUAAUAGCAAUAGUCAGCGGCUUUAUUUUCAUUCAGAAAGACAUCCGAUUGCAUUUUUUUAAACCUAUAAAAGAAAAAGAACGCAAGAAGAAACCCUUUUAGUGAUCGCUGAUUGUUAUACAGGAUUUUAUAUUGUAAAGAAUCUUUUCUAAUGAAAAACAACAUGGGAAGUAACAUUUUUAGCAAAGAAAGUAAAAUGUAAAAGUCUGCAUUGUAUAAUAGUGAAUGCUCUUGCGUCACUCAGCCCUAGGCUUACAUAUGAGUUGCAGGCUUUCCCAAACUUAACUGCUCAGAAAACUGUUCAAACCAACUGGUUACGUGUAUCUGUGCAAACAUGAAUCACUUUUACCCCAGUGUAAAAAAAACUCAAUCCGAGCUGCAAAGUCAUUUGUAAUGUUUCUAAUUGAAUAGUGUCAAGCUAUAAAAAUGCAUUUAAAAGCUUUUACGCUAUGUCCACUUGGUGUAAUCAACAGUCUAUAGAUGUAUGUGUUGUUUGCAUGAAUUCACCGAAUGAAUUGUCUAUUUUGAAAAUUGAAUUCAUGAAACCUUUUAGAAAUAUUUCCUAUAGAAAGCAAACGAUCCAAUUCAAAGAUCUCUACAAGUUAUGACCCCACUGAACCUUUUUUGUAAAUCGAUUGUAAUGCAAACACUGAAUUGUGACAGAGCGUAAAGAAAGUACUUAUCAGAGAUUGAUCAUUGUUUUUUCCCCCAUACAUUUAAUGGCGUUGUCGUUAUACAAAUCCUUCACAAAUUCCAAAUGUUAUGCAUGUAAUUCAUUGUUACUUUAUGCAUAGAGCUAAAGAUUAUACUCAUGUUACCGUCAACUUGUGACUCGAAUAGAAAACAUUGUCGAUGAUGUUUGCUCCCCUUUUUUUCCAUUUUGAAUUCCAACUGAACAUUGCCCCCAAAUGAAACUGUCCCGUUUUUUUAAUAGUUUUUUUUUAGCAACUGCAGUCCCAGUGGCACGCUCCUAACUGCAGAUAUUUGUCACUGGUCAAUGUUAGCCUAGAGAGGUAACAUAUUGACGUGUUAAGGUUUCUCUUCUGCAUUUUCCCCUCGCAAGAUUACUGUUAGUACAUCAUGUUUUAAAUUAGAACAUUGUAAUUAUGCUUUUGUGCUGUUUUGUUGUGGGCACUGUGUUAUUUUACUUUCUAUCUGGGAAUAGGAACAAUCUAAUGAGAUUUCUUGGGUCAAUGUCAUAUUUAGACCUUGUACAAUCUGGGACUAAAACCUAGGGGGUCACCUGUUUGCCAUAUCCAAGAUUAACUGGUCUUUUCAUUCUCUCACCUUGUUUUUAUUUAUUUAGCUCAGUCUCCUGUGACUUUUUAGACAUUUACUAAUCAAAAUGUAAAUACUUUAAAAAAAAGUUAAGAAAUCAAUUAAUCAUGGCAUUAGUCACUGAGUUUGUAAAACCAGCAAUAAAUUGCAAUGCAGACACAACCCGUUUAAUGUAGAGCUAUUUCAAAGGUUUCUCUGGAAACGGCUACAGUAAGGUGAUUGAUAUGCAUUCAUUCAACAUUCCAGAUUUUGUAUAUAACAAUACUGUUUCUUAGUUAACCUGUGGAAAAUAAGAAAUAAACUAAUGCUCUUUA